CAGGUGGCCCCGGGGUCCCGGCGGCGCCGCCUCCUCCCGGCGCCCCUCCUCCCGCGGGGGCGGUCAGCGCCCCGACCCGGUUCGCACCCCGUCGCUGCCGCCGCCGCCUUCAACCCGCCCGCUGCCGGACCGCCGCGUCCCCAGGGCCGCGCUCGCCGCCGCCACCGCCGCGUCCCGAGCUGCGCCCAGGCCGGCCGGCGGCGACAUCCCGGGGCGCCCGCCGCCCCGGCCCGCCUUCCCCGCCCCCAACUCGCUCCCCAACGGAAAGUUCGGCUCCGGCCGGGUUUUCCCAGAAGCCGGGAAGGAGCCAGGGUCGGGGGGCUUGUGGAGGGGACCCGGGGGGCGUACGGGAGGGGGCAACUUCUCCCGGGAAAGCGCCUCCUGCCGAGCUCGGCGCGCCGCAGCCCCCGAGAGGGUUCGAGGUGGUUCUUCCCUUCCCUUGGCCUCCCCCCUGCGGAUUCCACAGACGGACCUUGGUCCCGGCGCUCCCGCUGCCGGGUGACAAGAGCCCGAGCCGCCGCUACCGCCGCCGCGGCCGCCCCCGGCCGCAGCCCUUCCUACAGCACCAUGGAGUUCUCCGAGAGGAAAAGGAGCAGGAAAUCCCAGAGCUUCAAACUGAUUAUCACCAUGAGAUAUAUAAGCUGUCAGAAUUCAGCAAUGAUGUCAAUGGGGAGGCCAAAGAGACACACCCCAUUUUUUUAGGAGGUGAAAGCAUGGAAAUUAAAAAACAAAUCACAGGAAUGAGAAGGUUACUGAAUGAUAGCACUGGGAGGAUCUAUCAGCGUGUUGGCAAGGAAGGCGAAAAAUUAAAAGAAGAACCCCAGGAUUUGGACUCCAUUUGGCCCCAGCGUUUGAACUCUGCUGAGGCCCCACAGAGCCUCCACCCUUCUUCUCGGGGUGCGUGGAAUGAGUUCCCAGCCCAGAGCGGGCAGCUCUCAGGGCAGUCUGGCCCCCGCGCUAGAGCCUUCCAGAGUCAGCCCCACACUGCCGGGAGCUCCAACGGAGAACUUCCAGUGUUGAAUUCAUCAGCUGGAUCAAACUGCUGUACCUGUAACUGCCAGUCAACAUUGCAGGCCAUUCUCCAAGAACUCAAGACCAUGCGGAAAUUAAUGCAAAUUCAAGCAGUUGGAACCCAAAACAGACAACAACCCCCAAUUUCCCUUAUAUGCUCCCAGCGAACUGCUGUCUCACGCAAGAGAAAUAAAAAGAAAAAAGUGCCCCCUAAGACUGUUGAACCUCUUACUGUGAAACAGAAGCCCAGUGUGUUAGAGACUGAGAAGAAGACCGCUGUGGCCUCAGAGCAGCCUGCCCUCCAGGCGGCUGAGCACACCUCCGCCUCCGAGAACCACGUCCUGGGAUUUGGCAUUGUUCUGGAAUCGCCUUCCUCAGAUCCAGAAGUGCAACUUGCUGAAGGCUUUGAUGUGUUUAUGCCUAAAUCUCAGCUGGACUCUAUAUUGUCAAACUACACUCGCUCAGGAAGCCUUCUGUUUAGAAAACUGGUGUGUGCAUUUUUUGAUGACAAGACUUUGGCUAACUCCUUACCCAAUGGGAAGAGGAAAAGAGGACUGAAUGACAACCGGAAAGGACUAGACCAAAAUAUUGUGGGUGCAAUAAAAGUCUUCACAGAAAAGUACUGUACUGCUAAUCACGUGGAUAAACUUCCUGGCCCGAGAGACUGGGUACAGAUUCUACAGGAUCAAAUUAAACUGGCCAGAAGAAGGUUAAAAAGAGGCUCAGCAGAGGUAGCUGACGGUGAUGAAAGACUGGAUGGCAUCUCUCUACCACCAACAGGUUACAUAUCUGACACCAGGAGAGAAAACACGGAAGAUACAGAGCCUGGCUCUGUUUCACUGCCUAGACUUCCAUUUAGUGACAGUGUUCAUUAGCAUAUGCACCUCUUCCCUUUGAAUUUCCUCAAAGAUCCACAUCAGCAUUUCAGUUUACUGCGAAGUGUGAGUGUCCUGUGAAGUUUAGUUGUCCUGUGUGAAUAGUUUCCAUCUACUAUCUUUGGCCAUCUGUAAGAAGCCAGCCUCCAGUUUGGUGUAAGAGUUUUAAAAAUCAUCCUUAGAGUUUAUUCAUCACCCUUGAAGUCCAGCAUCUGAUCCAGUUAGUUCAUUGUCCAUUAAAAAGAAGCAGCUCUCUUCCUUUUUUUUCUUCCAGAACUUCAAUGUGAAUAUUUGGAGUUUUAAAGCAUAUUUAUUUUAACAUAAAUUGCUUAGUUGCUAUGUAAAGGAGAAUGGCACUUUCCAGUACUGAGGGAGCAGUUGUUAAGGCCAAAAUUAAUUAGAUCUUCAUCAGCUUAAAAGAUGAAAAAGAGGCCCUGGCUGGGUAGCUCAAUUGAUUAGAGUGUCAUCCUGAUCUGCCAAGGUUGCAGGUUCAAUCCCUGGUCGGGGUACAUACAAGAAUCAACCAAUGAAUUCAUAAAUAAGUGGAACAACAAACUGAUGGUUUUCUCUCUCUAAAAUCAAUCAAUUUUUUUAAAGAUUGUUUGGGAGACAGGAUUGCCCUGCUCUAUUAGAGGAAAUCAUUUGUGACAUCAGUUUCCCUAAAGUAACCAUUUGAACUGAGUAAAUGAAAAUGAUAUAUGAAUUCUUAGGAAAGAAAAGCCUUCCAUGUAGGUUGUGUUGACACAGUGACAGAAUAACUCAUUGAAAGGUGAGGCACUCAGAGUAAGUGGUUAUCUACAUGAUACCUAACAACUCUUUUGACAGAUGGUUUUAACUGUGUGAGUGGUUCAGUGUUUUGGUGUUGUGUGACAACCAGACACAAAUAUAUUAAUGUUAUGUAUUUUAUUUGAUCCCUAGUACACAUACAUUCCACUUUAUAUAAAACCAACAAAUGAAAACUUGGAUUCAUUUAAAGAGAUAUUAUACCAUGUGGAUAUUUGUUUUACAGAAAUACUUAUGUCUGGAUUCCUUUCUCUAAUAAGACGGUGACUUUAAAAUCAUAUUUUAUUUAGAAACAUUGCACUUACAUCUCAUUUAUUGCAUAAAGCAAAUUACCUUGAAUCUUUGACACUUGACCCAAAGGCCAAAAUUUGGCUGGAAAGAAAGGUGAACUCCAAACACCAAAACCCGGGGAGGGGGGGGGGGCAGGGGGAACUGCUGUGCUUCUGUUUAAUGCAUUUCCCUAGCACUUAUCAAGUUGGAGAGUGUUAGAGCUCAGAAUUGUGUCCCUUAGUCCCUCCCCCUCGUUCUGCAAGUGAGGCAGCUGAGGAGUAACCAUCAGGGCCAGUAAUCAUCAGUGGCCUGGCCAGGCCCAGCACCAAAAUGCCUUACUCCCCUGUCCAAGGUACUUGUGCCACAGAACACUGAACAGCUAAGCCUGAGGGAGGGAGGGAGCUCUGGGAUGAAUCAGUUUUCCACUGAAGACCAGAUCAUCAACCAACAGUGACAGGAAGCUGGUGCUAGGUUUGGCCUGCGGAAUCCCCCCAACUGCUAGACAGCUACGUCUCAUAUAUGUGUGUCUUUUAUUUGUCUUCUUCUUGAAGCUCCCAGGGAGGUUCAGAGUUGUUAUUUCCAUCACUCCUUAGUUGGCCGUUUACAUUUGAGGCCAGCUAGCAAUCCCUCCCCUGAAACCAGUCCCUCUGCUCACCGAGUGUCUGGUGAGAUACUAUGAACCAGGGUUUUUGUUUUCCUGCAACAUACGUUUUAAAACUUGUCUGCUGCCUCUCAGAAGAAAACACGUCUCAAGGGAAUUGAAAAGAUUAAUUAGUGACCUUUCAAUUCUGUUACAAUAAGAUGAAUAUGUUGCUAAUAAAGGUAGAAACUUUCGCCUUCCCACUGUGACAUCUGCUAAAUAUAAAGCUCGAAUGUUUGAAGCACGCCCUUCCGAGCUGGGGCGACAGCUCAGCGCUCUCACUGCUGCAGGAGGGGUGGGGACUGUCCAACUCACAGGAUGUGCGGUGGAUCCCCAAGUUGAAAAUACCUACCGUAAAACUGCAAGAGUGAAGUGAUACUUUGUACAUUAAAACUGUAUUUGUGCUUACUUACUGUGACUACUGUUUAGACUUUAUUCAGAAAUCCUUUCUAUAGGUUUUCUUAUCAAAAACAAAUUAUUCCAUAUCUAUGAAUAAUGUCUCAAUCUUCUGUAUAUAUGUUUUAUUAAUAUGUAAAUAUUUAGAUUUUUUUAAAUUACUCUGUUCUUUUCAAAAAUUCAACACAAGGCUAGUUGUGAAAAUGGUGUAUGACAUUGUGUUGUGAUAUCAAUCCCCAAGAUGCUCUCUCUGUCCGUUCUGGAAGAA